AUGUCUGUGAGCGGCUCCGUGGCCGGGGGCCCCCCCUGGAGGAACAACAGCUUCAUCCUGGGAGGGGGGCGAGACCCUCCUCUGUCUGACCAGGGAGAGACCAUCAUCGGAGUCUACCUGCUGCUGCUGGGUUGGCUGUCCUGGUUUGGAAACAGCAUCGUCCUCUUCGUGCUGUACAGACAGAGAGCCACCCUGCAGCCCACAGACUACCUGACCUUUAACCUCGCCAUCUCUGACGCCAGCAUCUCCGUGUUUGGAUACUCCAGAGGGAUCCUUGAGAUCUUUAACGUCUUCCAGGACAGCGGCUUCCUCAUCUCCUCCAUCUGGACCUGCCAGGUGGACGGUUUCUUCACGCUGGUGUUCGGUUUGAGCAGCAUCAACACGCUGACAGUGAUCAGCAUCACCCGCUACAUCAAAGGAUGUCACCCGAGCAGAGCUCGGCACAUCAGCAGGACCAGUGUUAACGUCUGUCUGCUGCUCAUCUGGAUCACAGCUGGAUUCUGGUCCGGAGCGCCACUGCUCGGCUGGGGGAGCUACAAAGAUCGAGGGUACGGAACCUGUGAGAUCGACUGGGCCAAAGCGACGUACUCGAGUGUCUACAGGUCCUACAUCAUCUCCAUCUUCAUCUCCUGCUUCUUUAUCCCGGUGCUCAUCAUGCUCUUCUGCUACAUCUCCAUCAUCAACACGGUGAAGAGAGGCAACGCUCUGUCCUCUGAGGGAGACCUGACCGACCGCCAGAGGAAGAUCGAAAGAGACGUCACCAUUGUUUCCAUAGUGAUCUGUACGGCCUUCAUCCUGGCGUGGUCCCCGUACGCGGUAGUGUCCAUGUGGUCCGCCUUUGGCUUUCACGUGCCCAACCUCACCAGCAUCUUCACCCGCCUCUUCGCCAAGUCCGCCAGCUUCUACAACCCCCUCAUCUACUUCGGACUCAGCUCCAAGUUCCGCAAAGACGUGGCCAUCCUGCUGCCGUGCACCCGUGACGCCAAAGACACCGUCAAGCUGAAGCGCUUCAAGCCGAAAGCCGACGCCCAUGGCCGACCCGCUGCAGGAGGCGGAGCCAGACUCAAAGUUCCUCUGAACUGGACAGAGAAGAAGUACUCGCCCGGGAACCAGCCUAACCCGGUCCCUAGCCCGGACUCUGGGAUGGGAAGCCCGCCCUGCACGCCGCCGCCCAUCAACAAAGAGGUGUUCUACAUUGACAUGCCCCGCCCCUCUGAGACCGACCCUGAGUUCGAGUGUGAGAGACUCUGA